AACAGCUCAGUUUAAGAUUCAACUACAGGACGAAAGCUCCUAACAGUCCACACGCAGUUUGAUUGCUGUUUUUUUCAAGUCGACAUUGAUCUAAUAUCCACAAUGACCGCAAUUAUCCAUGCAAAUCAACCUCAAACAUUACCUCCUUUUGGAAUAUUUUCCUCGGAAGUCGUGCUUCAAGACCUCAGUGAUAUAGUGAACCAAGAAUUAAGUUUCCCGAUGUGUUCAUCACUUGAUCAGCUGCUAUUAUUAGAAACUGUGGAAGUGAAUUCCUCAAACGAAUUUCCAGCAUAUCCGGAAUCUCCUGAGUACCAAACUUUAGAGUCCAGUACGUAUACUUGUGGAAUCGAUAGUGACGACGGAACAACUUUGCUGCAUCUGUUACGAGCGCAUCGCGUGAACGACGCCAUGAAGGAAGACUGUGAUGAUGACGACAAUUUAAGUGUAAUGCUUGACUACGACGACCUCUCGUUUCUGGAUGACGACACCAGCGACAGCGACACAAGCUGUUCCGGUAAUGAAAGUGACAACGUGUCAACCAGUGGCGUAGUUAUUAAACAAGGACCCUCUUCGAACAUACCGAGACUCAUUGAUUUUUGUGAAUCAGAAUCGUCGGCGACGACAGACGAUGAGAACUACGACAAACCGUACUGCAAGAGCAGACGCGGGGCGAAGAAUAUUCUGUUGUGGAAAUUCCUCCUUCAUCAACUAGAAAGACGGCCAGACCUGCUCAAAUGGACCAGUCGAAGCGACGGAGUGUUCAAAUUUGUAGACACGACUGCAGUGAGCAGAUUGUGGGGUCAGCAAAAGAGAAAGGGAGACAUGACCUUUGAGAAGCUUAGUCGUGGGAUCAGACACUACUACAAGUCAGGUUUGAUGGAGCGAGUGGGAGGGUCCAGACUAAUGUACAAGUUCAACUGGCACCAGGUUCCUAAACCAUUCCGAAAAGGUUGAAAUCGUGUAAAUGAAAGUAACCUGUGUCUGUCUACAUUCAAAUGGCAAGCUCGCUAUCCCAAAAACAAAGGAAAUACAAACAACAAACAACUAAGACAAGGAACGAAAACGAACCUACAUCCUGAGUGUUUAUAGGGAAGACGUUAGAAAGAUGGCGAGCAUCGUGUGGAAGAGAUAACUGACUUUGUUUGAAGUUUGUGUACGUUAUAAUCGAUUCGUUAUAGCGUCUGCCCCAUCAGUACUUAAAAUACUUAUGUACAAAUGUACAACUAAAAUAUAUAUACGUGUGUAUGCGUGUGUGUGUGUGUGUGUGUGUGUGU